AUGAUACAAUCCUUGAGUUCCGAUAGUGUUGGUUAUCAAGCCAACCUCGACACUUCUCCCAACUGUACGAAGAACGGCCCAAGUGUGCGCCGGGAGUUUUCUCAGAACGUUUUGCCUCGCCGCCCGCAGCCGAGAGCGGCCCCGGGGGUGAGCGGCCUCGGGGGCCUUGGGGCCUCGGGGUCGGACAGGGAGCCGGGUCGGCGCGCCCCGGGGCGCAGGGCAGCGGCGAGGGGACUGCUGCUCGGCGCAGCUGCGGCCGCCAAGGGGUUGCGGGAGGACCUGAGGGGCGCGGCGGCCCGGCCCUGGAGAGGCCUGGCGCGGAUCCCGAAGCAAGAGCGGCCGCGGCGCGAGGAGGCGGCGGCCGAGCACGAGUUCCUGCUGCCAAAUGAGAGAAGCUUCCAGAAUGCUGCUAAAAGCAAUAAUUUGGAGCUUAUGGAGAAGCUGUUUGAAAAGAAGGUUAACAUGAAUGCUGUGAACAAUAUGAACCGCACAGCCCUGCCUUUUGCAGUGGGGACAGGUCAUUUGUCUGCGGUGGAUUUCUUGCUGAAUCACAAGGCCGGGGGGGUGUUGCUGGUGAGGAAGCAUGGCUUGACAGUAAUUCACCUUGCAUCCUGGUCUGGAAGCCUCGAGAUCACGCUCAUGCUGGUUAGAGCUGGAGCAGACCAGAGAACCAAGAAUCAGGAUGGAAUGAAUGCCCUCCACUUUGGGGCUCAGAGCAACAACGUGUGCAUUGUGGAGUGCCUCAUUCAAGAUCUGCACCUGAGGGACUUGGACCAGCCUGAUGAGAAAGGAAGAAAACCAUUUCUUUUGGCGGCAGAGCGGGGCCACAUUGAAAUGACAGAAAAACUUAUCUUCCUUAAUCUGCAUACUUCAGAAAAGGACAAGGAGGGGAAGACUGCCCUGCCCGCAGCAAAGCAUGGUCACAGCCCUGCGGUCCAGGUGCUGCUCACCCAGUGGCAAGAAAUAAAUGAGACCAAUGAGCUCAAUAUCAGUGCUUUGCAGAUAGCAACCCGGAACGGCCGCACAUCCCUUGUCAGCUUUCUUCUCAGUGAGAACGUUGAUCUGCACCAGAAGGUGGAGCCUAAGGAGUCCCCUCUUCAUUUAGCUGUUAUCAAUAACCAUAUCACAGUGGUAAACAGCUUAUUAAGUGCACAGCAUGAUAUUGACAUCUUAAAUCAGAGGCCGCAAACUCCUUUGCAUGUAGCUGCUGAUCUUGGAAAUGUGGAACUGGUGGAAACCCUGCGGAAGGCGGGCGGUGACCUAAAGGUUGUUAACAAGCAAGGGAAGGCUGCCCUGGCUGUGGCCGCCAGGAGCAACUGCAGCCUCAUCGUGGACACGCUCAUUAAAGCCAAGAGGUGCUACGCCUGGAGAGAGGAGCAUGGUGAAAACAUCAAGGACCCAUCAACCAGCUUUACUCUGACGUUCAAGCAAGAUCACAGUCAGGAGACCAGGCACAUUUGCAGUCUCCACUGGCACCUGGCUUACCGUCAGCUGAAGGCCAGCAAGUGGCAGAGGCUGGCCUGUUUGUAGAACUUUACAGACGCCCAGAUCAGAGCCAUCGAGGAGCAGUGGUCAGGUCAGCAUGGCCCAGGAGAUGAGAGCUUCCAUGAACACGGCCACGGGGCUCUGUUCAUCUGGCUGCACGGGGCCCUGGUGACACAGGCCAUGCCGGUCAAGCACCUGUAUGAAGAGCUGGUGUGCGCGGGCUUCUCAGAACUAGCUGAAAAGACUCGUCAGUUUAAAAGUGAAACUGACUCAAGGCCCAAGAAAUGUGCAGUUUCAUAAAUGCCUAAAGAAAUUGUAUUUAAAUGAUUUUCCAUUCAGUAUUCAGUCCUCUUAAAUUCAGUUCUUCAAAUGGCGUAAAGUUCUUCCAACAGUAGUAUUGAUUUUCCUUUCAACUGUGAAGAUGGCAGUGACAGGAUUCUCUAACAGAUGAAAAAAUGGUAUUACACUUUCCAACCACUGAAAAGUCAAUUUUUUUGGUUUUGCUUAAGGCAAGUUGUAUAUGAUUUUCCCAUUUCUGUCAUUUGAUGCAACAUAAUAUGUGAUAACAUAUCUAGUGAUAGAAUAACCUAGGAUUUUGUAUAUCAUGUUUUAAAAAAUUAUGAUGGUGGGAACAUUAUGGUAAAUGAAAAAACCCAGGGUUUUAGAAUAGACAGACAUGGUUUUGAAUCAUGGUUUUGCCAUUUAUUAGCUGUGACCCUUUGGGCAUGCUAACAUUCAAGUUCUCAGAUCUUUAGUUUCCUUCUCUAUAGGAUGGGGGAAAGGUCU